AUGCGACUGCUAGCAUGCGGCCCACAUCUCACCUACUUAGAGCUGCCAAAAAGCUUCUCAACCAAGAAACUAUCAACAGGAUUCUACAUUCCACCCAGUCAGCGCUCACUUCCAUCCAAAAGAAACUCUCUGAAAAGUGUUACCGAAACUUCAAUAAUCCAACUAAUUGAACUCCAUGUACCACCAUUGCCUGACCUCCCUCUGCCGUACGACACCACCAAAGACCUCCCUCCCCACUUCAUGCCCACCCUCAAAAAGGCCUUCGACUCCGCCGAACCCAACUUGUCUCUCCUCCUCAAAACCCACAAACCAGACCUCCUCAUCUAUGAUUUUCUUCAGCCUUGGGCUCCGGUGGUCGCCGCUGAGUAUGGUAUUCAGGCGGUGGACUUCAUCACUAGCAGCGCCACCAUAACCGCCUUCAUGCACCACCUCUAUAAAGUCCUACUUAUCACUUUUCCUUUUCCAUCGAUUUAUCUUUGUGAUUAUGACAAAGUAGAAGUAUCCCAUUUGCUAAAUCCUUCGAAAAACCUCGACAAGGACAAGACUCGCUGUUUCGAGUGCCUUGAUCGAUCAUCGGAGAUUGUUCUGAUCAAAACUUUUAAAGAAGUUGAAGGAAAGUACAUUGAUUAUCUCUCUGGUUUGGUUGGGAAGAAGAUUGUGCCUGUCCCUCUUGUCCAAGACUGUGUCGACGACAACGAUGAGAGCGGGAUUAGUGGGUGGCUGAACAAGAAGGAGCGGUGA